AUGCUUUUGCACAAGUCUUUAAGAGACAAAAAGUCCAUAUUAAGGCUGGUAGGGCAAACUUCCCAAUCUAUGUUUUCAUCGCAUCACCAAAAGAAAUAUCUUUUCAAUUGCAUCCCUCAAGGUUCAGAGAUUUCCAAUUCAGACACUUGGCUUUAUCCAUCAAUGGAUCACACUUUGGCCUCUCCAUCGACGGAUUCAUCUGAGACAAUCUUCCUCCGAAAGAGCGGCAUGGAUCGAGUCCUGGAGAUCGGAAGCCAAUAUAUACUGAGACAUGGAAUUAAAAACAAGCCAAUAUAUACUGGAGAUCGGCAUAGAAUUCUAAAUAUUUCAGAGUAG